AUGCUAUUCUCGCAUAGUGUGAGAACACUGGAUAAACAUUUUCAGAGCGAUCCGUCAAAUUGGCAUGAAAUUGAGAUGAAACUGGAAGUUACUUGCUCUCAGUUCUGCUUGUUGAUCCCGUCACUAUUGAUGCUCAUUGACCUAACCACCAGUGAAGAAUGGGUAAUCGAAAAAGGAUAUCACCGAGGAAUUCUCCACCUCCUCAAGUGA